UGAAAAUUGUGGAUUCACUUCACUUGGGUGAGAGGAGCAAGGCUUCUAAUCUGCUAUUAGAUCUUGGCCAUGGAAACCACUCAUUGAGACCUGAUGAUUUUGUUCAUAUUCUUAACUACUGUGCUAGAUCACCUGAUCCAUUGGUAAGCUGAAUGACGGAGAAUUUGAGUACUGUUCCAUGUUUGUGUGUGGAGCUAGGGCAUCUGGCAUCUGCACUAGAUCCCUUAUCAGUGUGAAUGACUUGACUAGUUGAUAAAAAUAAAAUAAAGUAUAAUACUGCCCACCACGGGUUUAUUAAGUCUAAAGGGGAAGAAUAAAGAAAAAUCCUGCCUAAAAAAUUUAAUGGAUUUAAUUAUAUGCUUAAGUUGAUUUGGUGGAGAACCCCCAGAGAACUUAUCUAAUGGUUUUGGAUAACUGUACCAUGCUGCCAUAGCAUUUGCCUCAUUCUUGGAAGGUGAGGUUGGUAUCCUUUAUCUUUUCAGCAUGAGAAUGCUCACUAUUGUUGAACUCGAGUCUCAGACUUAUCAUUUAAUCCUUUUCCAUGUAGCAUUAAUGGCAUUUUUUUUUUUUUUUGGCAUGCAGUUUGUCAUGGAAACUUGGAGGUUAAUGGAGGAAAGGGAGAUUGGCGUGGACAAACUGUGCUAUUUUCUUAUCAUACAAGCUCUUUGUAAAGGGGGUUACUUGGAGGAGAUGUAUUCUUGGAAGUUGAUUGAUGAACUGUCCUGCCAAGAUUUCAUGUGCAUAUGGUGAAAAGAAAACAGAGAGGGGGAAGGGGGAGAGAGGAUCCUAGGAGACAUGUCUGGCUAUGAAUACAUCAGAGAUGGCACUGAAUUUGAUGAAUUUUUUUGAAGAAAAGCAUGGAAUCUAUCCAAUUCUAUCUGUGUGCAAUAGUUUCCUCAGAGCCUGUGCCAAGAUGCGAAGUAUAAUCCAUGCCAAUCAAUGUUUGGAUCUAAUGGAGCACCGAAUGAUGGGGAAGAAUGAAGUAACAUAUUCAGAGCUUCUUAAGUUUGCAGUUUGGCAGCAAAACCUGUCUGCUGUUCAUGAAAUCUGGGAGGACUAUAUCAAACACUACAGUUUCAGCAUCAUUCCUUUGCGGAAGUUCAUUUGGUCUUAUACAAGGUUGGGAGACUUAAAAUCUGCAUAUAAGACUUUGCAAAAUAUGGUGGCUUUAGCCCUCAGGGGUAGCAUUUUUGUUAAUAGAACUGCUGAAGGAAAGCUGUAUUCUUCAAGAUUGGACAUUCCUAUACCUUCAAAUGAGGCUCUAGGCUCAAUGAAGUUUGACUUGCAGGGGAAUGAACAGUCUAUUCCUUCCGUUUACUGUAAGAAAUUCAAUAGUUUUCCCAGUAACAUAGAGCAAUGCAAUCCUAGCAUGGAGAAUAGUGAAGCUGAUAAUGGAAUAAGUAUGCUUCGUAAAUCUGAAACCAUGCCAGUUACGAAGAUUUUGAGAUGGUCUUUCAAUGAUGUGAUACAUGCAUGUGCACAUGCUCGCAAUUGUGGGUUGGCAGAGCAGUUGAUUUUACAGAUGAAAAAUCUUGGGUUGCAACCGUCGAGCCACACAUAUGAUGGUUUUGUUAGAGCAGUUGUUUCUGAGAAAGGUUACAACUAUGGCAUGGAAGUGUUAAAAGUAAUGCAACAGAGGAAUUUGAAGCCAUAUGAUUCUACUCUUGCUACUCUUUCAAUGGAUUGCAGCAAAGCGCUAGAACUGAAUUUAGCUGAGUCCCUGCUGGAUCAAAUUACCGAAUCACCAUAUCCUUAUCCAUAUAAUGCUUGUCUUGCAGCAUGUGACAGAUUGGACCAACCUGAACGUGCAGUGCAGAUAUUGGCUAAAAUGAAACAUUUGAAGAUUCUGCCAGAUAUCAGGACAUAUGAACUGUUGUUUUCAUUAUUUGGGAACGUGAAUGCCCCGUAUGAAGAGGGAAAUAUGCUGUCACAGGUAGAUGCUGGUAAAAGAAUCAAUGCUAUUGAAAUGGAUAUGGCGAAAAAUGGUUUUCAGCACAGUCAUUUGUCAAUGAAGAACCUGUUGAUAGCUCUUGGAGCAGAGGGAAUGAUACGAGAGCUGAUCCAAUAUUUACAAGUGGCAGAGAACCUUUUCUGCCGUAAUAACACUUUUCUCGGAACAGCUAUAUAUAAUACGGUGUUGCAUUCAUUUGUUGAGGCCAAGGAAAGUGACAUGGCAGUAGAAAUAUUCAAAAAUAUGAAGUCAUGUGGCUUCGCCCCAGAUGCUGCGACUUAUAAUAUAAUGAUCGAUUGUUGUAGCAUUUUAAGAUGUUUCAAAUCUGCUUGUUCACUGGUUUCCAUGAUGGUGCGUGAUGGGUUUUAUCCUCAGACAUUGACUUACACUGCUCUCAUAAAGAUUCUUUUGGAAGAUGAGAAUUUUGAUGAAGCAUUGAAUCUUUUGGAUCAAGCGUUCUCAGAAGGGCAUGAUCUUGAUGUGCUUUUAUUUAAUACCAUUCUUCGAAAAGCAUGUGAAAGGGGAAGGAUUGAUGUAAUUGAGUUUAUUGUUGAGAGGAUGCACCAAGAGAAAAUCCAGCCUGAUUCAUCUACCUGCCAUUACGUGUUUUCUGCAUAUGUGGACCAGGGUUUUCACAGCACAGCUGUAGAAGCAUUGCAGGUUUUGAGUAUGCGAAUGUUGAGUGAAGAAGAUGGCACUCAUCAUGAAAAGACACAGUUUGAGGAUGAUUUUAUCCUUGCCGAAGACUCAGAAGCAGAGUCGCGGAUACUGCAAUUAUUCAAGAACUCUGAGGAGAACGUUGCUGUUGCACUUUUGAAUUUAAGAUGGUGUGCCAUACUUGGGUUCUCAACUUGUUGGUCACCUGAUCAAAGCCCAUGGGCUAUAAGGCUCGCAAGAAAUUAUGAUACCAGAAUAGGAAAUUGAUGUCAGGAAUGGGAUGUUUUUGGAUCAAUUCUCACCUAGCGAGUCUUUCAUAAUUUAGUCAUAUGAUUGAGGGCUUCGCCAUUUUGUCUUGAUAGUUGACAGAGGAUAGAGCUGCUUAGUUGAUCAUUGGCAAGCUCGGAAAGUAACAAAUCCCCGAAUUAUGAAGCCAUACUCUGGAAUCGGUUGAUUCUCAGAGGCAGAGGACUCUCUGCAACAUUUCUGUGCUGGAAAAAAAUGGGGCCAACUUUCCUAGGACUCCAGAAGAGAGUCCUCUGCCUCUGAAAAUAAAGUUGACAGAGGAUACAAGUUCGUUGAAAAUAAGAUGAGCUAGCUGGCAACGUGUGAUGAAUUAUAAUUGCCCAUCGGCUGGGUUGUGCUGUAAUAUUUACAGUGAACGCCUCCUUUUUUGAGUGAGGGGGCAAUUUGUUUUGACGAAUGAUUUGCAAGAUGAUCAAUAUUUAUUGUAA